GCCCGCACUCCAGCACCCACUGCUGCCGGACUUGCCAGACUCACCGUCGGGUCCCAAAGAAAAGUUGGUGGCUGAAGCCAUACUAUUUUAUAGACUUCAUGGACAGCAGAAAAGAUACCACAAACCAAGAACUUUGGAAAAUGAAGCCUAGGAAAAAUCUAGAAGAUGAUGAUUUUUUGACUGAGGACACUGGAGAGACCAGCAUGCUAAAAAGACCUGUGCUUUUGCAUUUGCAGCAAACAGCCCAUGUUGAUGAAUUUGAUUGCCCCUCAGAACUUCAGCACAAACAGGAACUCUUUCCAAAAUGGCGCCUGCCAAUUAAAAUAGCUGCUAUUAUAUCAUCUCUGACCUUUUUUUACACUCUCCUAAGGGAAAUAAUUCAUCCUUUAGUUACUUCCCAUAAACAGUAUUUUUAUAGGAUUCCAAUUCUUGUCAUUAACAAAGUCUUGCCAGUGGUUUCCAUCACCCUCUUGGCAUUGGUUUAUUUGCCAGGCGUGAUAGCAGCAAUUGUACAACUUCGUAAUGGAACGAAGUAUAAGAAAUUCCCACCUUGGCUAGAUAGGUGGUUGUUAACAAGAAAGCAGUUUGGGCUUCUCAGUUUCUUUUUUGCUGUUCUACAUGCAAUUUAUAGUCUGUCUUAUCCAAUGAGGCGAUCCUACAGAUACAAGUUGCUAAAAUGGGCAUACCAACAGGUCCAACAAAAUAAAGAAGAUGCCUGGAUUGAGCACGAUGUUUGGAGAAUGGAGAUUUAUGUAUCUCUGGGAAUUGUGGGACUUGCAAUACUGACUUUGUUGGCUGUGACAUCUAUUCCAUCUGUGAGCGACUCUUUGACAUGGAGAGAAUUCCGUUAUAUUCAGAGCAAACUAGGAAUUGUUUCACUUCUACUUAGUACAAUACAUGCAUUGAUUUUUGCCUGGAAUAAAUGGGUAGAUAUAAAACAAUUUGUAUGGUAUACACCUCCAACUUUUAUGAUAGCUGUUUUUCUCCCAAUCAUUGUCCUGAUAUGUAAAACUGUACUAUUCCUGCCAUGCUUAAGGAAGAAGAUACUGAAAAUUAGACGUGGUUGGGAAGACGUCACCAAAAUUAACAAAACUGAGAUGUCCUCUCAGUUGUAGAAUUACUAUUUACACACAUUUUUGUUUAACGUUAACAUGUUUUAUCAUAAACAUUUCAAAUUUGUAUUUGUUAAUAAAAUGACUACUUGAGGA